AUGAGUGAGUGGCGAAUACGACCACAGAUGAAUGAAAUCGAUUUGGAAGCAAGUGGGAAUCCAACUGUUUUUAGUAUACGCUUGCACUAUGGAAAAGAGUUUACCAAAUUUCCUGGGAUAAAAUACAUGAAGGGACAACACAAUUUUGUGGACUUGAUCGACAGUGAUUUGUUCUCUGUUUGCAAUAUUGAUGAUAUGAUGGAGGAGUUGGGAUAUGUUGAAGAAGGUAAGCUUAUGUAUUAUCACUUUAAACAACCGUCAGGGGAUUUAGAUUUUGGGUUGUUUGCAUUGGGUAGUGAUCAAGAUGUCAACCACUUAAGGUCCUACACUGCUUAA